AUGUGCCGAGCUGCAUCAAGCGAAGACAAUAAGUCAAUAUCCAGUACAGGUACGUUAGCCGUUAUUCGUCUUCAGUAUGGGAACUUAGCGAAAACAUGGACCCGAGUAGUUAUCGAGGGUAGACCAGAUCCAGCACACGCACAGGUACUGCUAGCAUUCACCACUUGUCGCAUGGCAUCAGCACGGUACGCUCAGGUCUAUCUCAUUGACCAUGGUACGCGACAACUUGUGAAUGCAAGGAGCUUAUGCGAAAUGCCAAUUGAAUUACUCCGUUUCCCACGUGAGUGUAUGAGAAGAGAAAGUACUCCUUUUCUUAACUAUCCUUUUUAG